AUGGAGUCAAUAAAGCUAUUCCUCAAAGAGGUUACAGAAGAGUUGCUGUACAAUAUCGUGUAUGAUGAGAAUGAGAUCGACUAUCGCAACUUAAGCAUGAUUUUCGAGCAGAAAACUGGCUAUCAACCCAUGGAUUUUUUUGGUUUCGGUAAUCAAACCGGUAGCGGAUGGAUGCAAUUCAUAAGAGGAAUACCCGGUGUGCAAGGCAAAAAGAAUAUAUGUAUUGAGGAUAGCACCGAUGUCUAUGACGACAGCAACUCUGAUGACAGUGAGGACAAAGACCAAGUUUACAAAGUAUUUAACAGCACAAACUUGUACGUAGCAACAGUGAGCUUUUCCGAAGUUGAAGUCUCCGUCGCAGAAUAUCGAGAGAUGAUUUUGAUUAAAUGUUGUGAGAUGAUGGAAGAUAACUUCGCUGACUUGAGCAGUUGCAAGGACGCGAGCGGUAAUACACCAUUACAUCUUAUCGCGGCCCUACCUGGUAUCGCUUUUGACUGUGACACUUUAGUGAAAUAUUUGUUGCAAGCUGGCGUCGAUCCACUAGCAGCCAACAACGACGGGCAAACUUUUCUGCAUAUAAUUUUUGGUAGAUUUCAAGCACAAAACGUCGCACUAUGGUUUACGAAUGAACGCCUUGCUAAAACAAAAUGGUUUGUCAAGGACAGAGUCGAGCUACUAGAACUGCUUUCCCAAGAAUUAUCACCGACAUACACUACUCUGUUGGCAAAGGCACAAGACAACUAUGGCAACACGGUGCUACAUGAAUACGCACUGUCUACAACAGUGGAACACGAAUUCGUUGUAGACAAAAUGUGCAAAAAAUUACUAAAGUUUGGUGCAAGUUUGAGAGUUACAAACAACUCUGGCAAUGUUCCACUUCAUUACGCUUAUACUCCCGAACUGUUCAAGAUCUUUCUUCAGAAUGGCGCUGUUUGUCGGGCAAGAAAUGAUCGCGAUGAAUCACCAGUUUUGUUUAUCUUGAAAAUGUCGGCCGACUUUGCGUUCGCUCAAACCUCUGCGACUGCAGAACUGGCGGAUCAGGCUUUUGUGAAAACAAGCAGUACCAGAUCUGUUCCAGGAGCUGUAAAACUACUGAAAAAUCUAAAGAGUAUAGUUUCACAAAACAAAGAUGCCAUGGAAACGGUUUGGAUUCCUGACGUAAAGGGCAACGUCCCAAUCGAUACAGUGCUGAUCGCUAUACGAAUUGGAUCUUAUGAUUUGGGCAGAAUUGGAUCUUUUAUAAAUGUGCUGAUGGCUGAACUUUGCCCAUCUUUGGUAAAAUUAUUAAGUGAAAUGCUACGCAAUGCAACAACAAGUGACAUGAAACGACAAAACAAGAAAGGUCAAAGUUUUCUCCACGUGCUACUCGACAUGGGCGAUGACAACAAACACACGAUAAUUAGCGAAAACUACAUAUGUCAGAGCGUGGAAAUACUUCUGGAGCACGGCGUGGAUGUAAACACAGUUGAUUCAGAGGGACGUACCCCUCUAGACAUUGCACACAAGCAUCGCAACAAACGACCAUCGCUUUACCAGAAAUGCGCCGACUUGCUAAUUAAGCACGGAGCUAAUGGAAAACGUGAUAAAAGGAACAUUUCCUCUUUACCUUCACCUUCGACACCAUCUCCAUCUAUUUUCGAACGAAUAUUCAAUUUACGUAUUCACAACGUCCGAAAGCUACGAUCGUGUCCGACGCGUCAUUUGAACAACGCAAAGCGUUUAACUACUGCUCCUGCUACCGAGGUCACUGUCGUAGGAAAGUACCGUUAUUCCAAUCAAGACUUGAUUGGAUCUGGCGGAUUCAGUUCAAUCUUUCUAGCAAUUAAAGACGAGAACGUUGACAGCGGGUCUGGGACAAUCGAAUGUCGAGCUUACGCCUUGAAACGAAUGGAGAAAGCAAAGAUGAACCCCAAAGAGAUCAAACGAGAAAUUACGACCUUGCUUUCUAUAUCUGGCAAGUGUGAGAGUAUCAUCAAAUGCCACGAACCUGUCGAAGACAAGAACUUUCAGUACCUCUGUCUUGAUCUCAUGGACG